GUUCGCUGGCGCCAUUUGCUUGACAAGCAGUAGUCCUGGCUCCCUAUGUCAUAUAAUAAUAAUAGGUAACGGGGAGACCUGUAAAGAUCCGUUUUAGAUUUAGAAACAAAAAAAAAAAAAACCUGCUUUUAGAAAGAUAAUUUAUUUUUUAUGGAAUAUUAAUCGGGUCAAUUUUUGGGAUCGAUCAGUAGAUCUAAACCCACAUCCAAGAGAGGGAACUGAUCCUUGAGUACAGCUUUUAAAUAGAAUUGCGCUGCAAGUCUGUCACAAUGAAGUGUGGUAUUAAAAGUAAUCCUGACCAAGCAAAGAUGUCUCCUACUAAACUGAACUCUGUAAAUCUGAAGCUUGCCGUUAGCCCGGUCAAAUAUGAGCAAAGCCCAUGCAAAGGUUGUGAAAUGACACAAGAUUUUUUACCGGAUGGCAGUAUCGGUAAUUUAGCUCCAAAACACGAUGACGGCAAUACAGAGGCUAGACCUAAAUACAAUAAGGAGAAUCUUCUGAAGAGGCUUGAGGACGCUGAUACACAAGAUGUUGAGUGUAGUGGUUUGCAAGACAGUGGUUAUUCUUCAAUACUGCAGGGUGAUUCUCCAUACCAAGAUGAAUAUGACAGCAUCAUAGUAGAGGAACCUUUUUCUGACACACCAAAGAGUUUCUCUUCACAUAACCAAAGACCGCUCCAAACUACCUCUUCCAAAUUAUUACCUGCACUUCAUUUUGAAGAAGUAGUGUGCUCUACCUUGAAGAAGAGUGCAAAAAGGAGACAAAAAAUUGACUGGGAUGAUGUUGUUUCUCGAGAAAGUUUUAGGCUUGAGUACCUCAUUGGCAAAAAUAUGGGAUUGGAAAAAUUUGAUAUCCUUGGAGAGCUUUUCCAAAAGGACUUUAAGCAUUUGCUGACAAAAAUUUUGAGACACCUCAGUGCAAAAGAUUUAAUAAAUGUCAUACGGGUGAGCACUACAUGGAAAAAGAUCUUGCAUAAGGACCGCUUGGCUUACCAAACUUAUAGUGUUGCAUUGAAGGAACUUCUUGAUAAGGAAGCAAAAUUAACCCCCAGUGCUGCCACCCGUGAAGUUUCACUAUUCAGAGUUCCUCUUGCCUCUGUACAAAAAGUAGCCAGUUCAGUGUGCUGUUUUUCUAAAAAGAAGACAAAUAAGCAAAAUAAAAACUUGCACAGCAGGCACCUGGAAUUUAAUGAGAUUGCGAAAACGUUAAAGAAUGAUGAGAGUCUUAAAGUUUGUACGGCAUGUGGGUCUCCUGCCAAGUAUGAUUCUUACCUUCAUCGAGCUCAGUGCACUCGGGACAGUUGUAAAUGGGACUUUUGCACAAUUUGCUUAUGCAACUACCACUACUCUGAAAGUUGUAGAUCUAGCAAAUCUCAGGGUCAAAGAUAUUUGUCAGAACCUCUUCCUGGUAGCAGAAAAAGCAAACACAAUUUAAAAAGACUGUAAACCUUAGGGGGGGAGAGAAAGUUAAACCAUGGACUGUUUAAUGGAAAUUUCCUGAGAAAUAAUUCUUAAACUUUAAAAUUUUAUAUAUACAUUUUUAUUUAGUUAUCUUUUAAUAGUUUUAUAUUUCUUUAUGAAGAAAUAAAAUGUGUGAUAACUCUGUAGCACAUUUUUACCCUUUUAAUAAUAAUAAUAAAAAAAACUUAUUGUCCAGUUUUAAAACUUUUUUUUU